AUGCCGAAGAACUUGAAUUUGUUUGGUAAAUAUUUAAGAAGACUAGGUAAAACUCAUAAAAAAGGUUUUAAAAAAAAACAAAUAAUUCAUCCAAUACCUGUGAAAGCAUACGGUAGAGUACCAUCUGCUGCUUCACAAACUGGAUUAUAUCACGAUGAAGAUUAUAAUUAUUAUACCAAAGUAUCUUAUUCAUUAAAAAAAACCAGAAUUAAAUUAAAACCUAAUGUUUUUAAAAAACAUAUUGUAAGUAAUGAAUUAAAUACAAUAAUACCAAAUGUUAGACUAACAACUAGUGCAUUACAUGCAAUGGAUGAUGCUGGUGGAUUUGAUAAUUAUAUUUUAAGAACUCCUCCAGAAGAACUUCGAUCUAAUUUAGGAGAAAAAUUAAGAAAUGUAAUGUAUUUUUAUAUGUCACAUCCAAAUAUUAGAUCUUUUUCAUUACCUUGGAAAAUAUUUAUGAAUCAAUUUCAACAAAAUGACUAUUUUUAUGCUAUUUAUCAACAUUUAAGAAAAAAACGAUUAUCUGAAUUAUAUCAUAAAAAGGAAUCAGCCAAAUAUUCUCCAUAUUAUUUACCUAAUGAAAAAAACUUACAUCCACAAAGACAACCAUAUGCUUUAAACACAGAAAUUAAUGCUUUAAAUUUGUGGUUUAAUAAAAAUAAUAUUCUUAAAAAAGCAUUCAUAGAUAAAUUAAAAGAAGCAAAAUCAUUUGAUAGGGCUUAUACUGAUCAUCACUUUUUGGAUAGUUACAGAAAAGGUAGGGGGCGAGGAGGAGGAGGAAAACAUGGACGAACACCCAGAAGAAGAUCAAAGACUUAUAAAUAUCACGAAAUUAGACCAUACUAA